UAGUCGGGGAACAGGAAGUUCCGGGCAGGCUUCAGCCACAAUUGUUCUCUGAAGGCGAUAGCGGCUGUGUCCGUUUCAGAAGUAUUAACUAAAGACUGACUCCGAUCAAGUCUGAGGCCGGUAACAUCAACAGUGAGGACAAACCCAGCCUGUCACUCUCCUUCGACACUGACUCCAAACCCACAGUCGCUGGGUCCUGAUUGUGACAGUGGAGCCCAGUUUGCUCUGCAGGAUCCAGAGAUGGCAUCAGUGAAGCUGGAAGACUGCAGUCAAACACUGGAGCUGAAUGUCAUCAUUAAAGAUGAAGAAGAGGAGGUGAAGAUUAGGACAACUGUUAGUCAUGGAGAUCAUGUUGAGACAUUCCCUACAUCCAGAGAGACACAGCAGGAAGAUCACAGAGCUAAGAGGUCUCACCACUGCCCACAUUGUGACGAGAUGUUCCCAGGUUUAUCAAAUCUAAAAAUACACUUAAAAAUCCACACAGGAGAGAAUCUGUAUUCCUGUACUGACUCUGGGAAGAGAUUCACAACAUCAAAGGCUCUGACAGUUCAUCAGAGAGUGCACACAGAAGAGAAACCUUACUCCUGCUCGUACUGUGGGAAGAGUUUCUCUCAACAGACCAACCUAAAAAAACACCAACGUAUACACACAGGAGAGAAGCCUUACUCCUGCUGUGACUGUGGAAAAUGCUUCACAACCUCAUCUGAGCUAACAGUUCAUAUGAGAACACACACUGGAGAGAAGCCUUACAUCUGCUCUGACUGUGGGAAGAGUUUCUCCCACCAGGGUAGCUUAAAAGCACACCAACGUAUACAUACAGGAGACAAGCCAUACUCCUGCUCUGACUGUGGAAAGAACUUCUCCCGAUUGGGUACCCUAAAAUUGCAUAAACGUAUACAUACAGGAAUUAAGCCUUACUACUGCUCUGACUGUAGGAAGAGUUUCUCCCACCAGGGUAGCUUAAAAGCACACCAACGUAUACAUACAGGAGAGAAGCCAUACUCCUGCUCUGACUGUGAGAAGAGUUUCUCCCGAUUGGGUACCUUAAAAUCGCAUGAACGUAUACAUACAGGAAAGAAGCCUUACUACUGCUCCGACUGUGGGAAGAGUUUCUCUCAACGGAACCAUUUAAAAUCACAUGAACGUAUACACAUAGAAAAGAAGGCAUACUCCUGCUCUGACUGUAGAAAAUGCUUCACAACAUCAUAUGAUCUAAAAGUUCAUCAGAGAACACACACGGGAGAAAAGCCUUAUGUCUGCUCUGACUGUGGGAAGGGUUUCUAUCAACAGAGCAGCUUCAAGAUACACCAACGUCUACACACAGGUGAGAAGCCUUAUUCCUGCUCUGACUGUGAAAAAUGCUUCACAACAUCAUCUGAUCUAAAAGUUCACCAGAGAACACACACUGGAGAAAAGCCUUACAUCUGCUCUGACUGUGGGAAGAGUUUCUCUCAACAGAGCAGCUUCAAGAAACACCAACGUCUACACACAGGAGAGAAGCCUUACUCCUGCUGUGACUGUGGAAAAUGCUUCACAACAUCAAUUGAUCUAAAAACUCAUAUGAGAACACACACUGGAGAAAAGCCUUACAUAUGCUCUGACUGUGGGAAGAGGUUCUCUCAACAGAACCAUUUGAACACACAUCAACGUAUACACACGGGAGAGAAGCCUUACUCCUGCUCUGUCUGUGGGAAGAGUUUCUCUCAACAGAGCAACUUAAAAACACACCAACGUAUACAUAAAGGAGAGAAGACUCAUCAGUUCUCUCAGACAGCUAAGAUUAAAAUUAGGUGAUGGAGUGAUUUUAAUCUCAUUGCUUGACUUUGACUGAAAUAGGUGAUUUUAAUCUCAUUGACUUGGACUGAAAUAGGUGAUUUUAAUCUCAUUGCUUGACUUUGACUGAAAUAGGUGAUUUUAAUCUCAUUGAUUUUGACUGAAAUAGGUGAUUUUAAUCUCAUUGACUUGGACUGAAAUAGGUGAUUUUAAUCUCAUUGCUUGACUUUGACUGAAAUAGGUUAUUUUAAUCUCAUUGACUUGGACUGAAAUAGGUGAUUUUAAUCUCAUUGCUUGACUUGUACUGAAAUAGGUGCCGGAACUCAUUUUAGAGGAAACCCUUUUGGACAAUCAGAACCUUACAAACGUGCCGCAGGAAAGGCUGCACACCCUCCCUAAGAAGGUCUGGUUCCGUCAGAUAACCAGCGAACGAUUCACAUGUAAAUACAUUAAUGAUUUCUUCUCGUCUGCAAAGUAUAUGAUUACUGUGAGAAUAGUUUCUAAAAUGUUUCUAAAAUGCAUCAAUGAUAAGUGUCGUUUUUCUCUCUCUCCUUUUGUAAAAAAAAAAAAACGCACUAUAUUGUGUCAGUCCGCUAGGGACCUUUUCUCAUGUAUUAAGUGUGUAUGUUUAUCCUGUGUUAUCAUUUAGUUAGCUAGUAAAUAAAUAUUUAAAUCAA